CUGAGUUUGAAGAUUCUGGUACCAUGUCAUGGAAGUUUACGGGUCGGCUCCUUAACAGCAGCCCAGUUUGACGGAUACGUGCUUCAACCUGCUGAGCAGGGUUACCAGACGCUAGAUGGAAAGGAUGUGUCUAUAGAGAAUAACCAGGUACGACUUGCUGCGGGGUCUCCGAAUCCCAUUUCGGCCACUAUACUGUUUGAAGAGACUUUCUACAAUGAAAAGGAGCAGGCCUACAGUAUACUAUGCAUUGCACGGAUGCUGGACUCUGACCACAGCCCUGAGGAGCUAAGCUCUGUUUCUGGUCCAUACUAUCUGAAGAAUAUCGAUGAUGUGAGGGAAUUCUUGGGCCAUCAUGCUGAAAAACUGGUCAAAUAUGUGGCCGCCUUCUGUCGUUCUUUUAAAGCACAAGAGAGGAAAGGCCUCCGAUAUCAAAUAGACUCUGUAAAUACCCUCUACACAAAAUGUCUUCAGUGCGUGUUAAAAGACUCUCAUCUGAAGCUGUUUUCGAGAGAGGAGAUACAGAUGACUCUAGUCAAACAAGCAGUGGAGAUGUACAUCCAUCAUUGCAUCUAUGAUCUACUCUUUAGUUUUGUUGGGACUCUUGAAGCAAGUCGGGAUGCAUCAUUCAACAAAAGAACACGGUCUUUAGAGGAUCUGCAGCAGAAAGACCUUGGUGUGAAGUCAGAAUUCAGUGUAAAUAUUCCUCGAGCUAAGCGUGAGUUGAGUCAACUGAACGUCUGUACAUCUCCACAGCAGAAGCUGCUCUGCCUCAGGAAGGUUAUCUACACAGUCAUGCAGUCACCUAGAAACAGAGACACUGUGAAUAUUGAGGCUGUUUGUGCUGAUGAUCUGCUGCCAGUCAUUCUUUAUCUGUUAAUUAAAACAGAGAUUCCUAACUGGAUGGCGAAUCUGAGUUAUAUAAAGAAUUUUCACUUCUUUAACUCCAUCGAGGAUGACCUGAGUUACUAUCUUGCCUCGUUUGAGGCAGCAGUGGAGCACUUCAGACAGGCUGACUUCACCCAGAGUGCACUGGGAUCACCAGACGUACUGUUCUUCAGACAGAAGAUGGACCUGCUGUCCCAGAAUGCUGUUACAACUAUAGACUGUUUGUUUGAGCACAUUGCGAGUGGGAAUGAGGCGGAGGUGAAGCGUUUGCUGAGUGAAAGUGAGAGUGAGGAGGACGGGAGGAAGAUGUGUCACCCGCUCUGCUCCUGUGACACCUGUGACCUCCACAUCUCAGGAAGGUUAAACGAUCCUUCUAUAAUCACUCCAUUCUCUCGGGAUGACAGAGGCUACACUCCUCUACAUGUUGCUGCUAUUUGUGGUCAGUCUCGGCUGAUUGAGCUGCUGGUGUCAAAGGGAGCUGUGGUGCACGCCACUGAUUAUUACGCACUCACACCACUACACCUCUCCUGCCAGAAGGGUUACCAGGGGGUCACGCUGCUGCUGUUACAUUCUAAGGCGAACACAGAUGCUCAGGAUAACAAUGGGAACACCCCUCUACACCUGGCCUGCAUGUAUGGACAUGAAGAUUGUGUGAAGGGGCUGGUGUACUUUGACCUGCAUUCCUGCCGGCUGAAUGUGCAGAAUGAUAAGGGUGACACACCGCUCCACAUCGCCGCCCGCUGGGGUUAUGAGGGCAUCAUGGAGGUGCUGCUGGAGAACGGAGCAUCAACACUCAUUUAUAACAAAUCCAAGGAGACCCCACUGCACUGUGCCCUCAACACUAAGAUCUUGUCAUUACUGGAACACAGAUACAUUGACUCCAGUAAAAGGGAAAGUGGAUUUGAGUCUCCGAGCCGUUCUCCUCAGGCGUCUGACUUUAGCAGCAGACGUUCAUCUGUGUCCAGCACGUCAUCAGUGAGUGUUGAGACCUCACUGCCAGAGAUUGAACGCACAGGACACAAAGAGGUAGAAAAGCUGUUGAGAGCAGUGGCUGAUGGAGAUGUUGAGAUGGUGCGUUAUCUUUUGGAAUGGGUGGAUGAGGAGCCAGAGGAGGAGGAAGUUGGCAUGCCAAUUAAGACUGAGUUGUGCCAUCCACUGUGCCAGUGUUCCAACUGUGAACCAACACAAAAGAAGAUAGCCCGUCUGCAGCCGGAUGGAUUGGGUGUGAACAGCAGCAGUGGUGACGGUUUCACUCCGCUCCAUGUGGCAGCACUGCACGGGCACACCGCUCUUGUCUCUCUGCUCAUCCGCCACGGCGCCAACACCAAUGCCCUCAACAAUCAGAGUGCCACUCCUUUGCACUUGGCUUGCCAGAACAGCCACAUACAGGUGGUGUCUGCUCUGUUGGAGAGUAAUGCCAAACUGAAUAAGAAAGAUCAUUAUGGAAACACUCCAUUGAUUCAUGCAUGUUUAAAGGGACAUCUGGAGAUUGCCACUGUUCUGCUGGAGAGUGGUGUGUUAGUGAAUCUUGCUAAUAAUCAUGGAAACACGGGUCUGCAUGAGGCCGUGAGGGGAGGACACGUUCAGCUGGUGGAGCUGCUUCUCCACAGGAGGGCGCUGGUGCACAUACGCAACAAGAGACAGAGGACCGCCCUCGACUGUGCUUAUGAGACCGGCGGCAAGAACACCAACAUUCAGAGGCUCUUACAGAAAGCCUGUACUGAUGCUGUGGAGUCAGAUCUGAUUAAAUCACACUCCAGUGGAGUAGAGGGGAUUCUCGCACACUCAGUAGUGCACAGAGUCAGACAGCAUGAUAAUCCUUACUGUGGGAGACAAGAGACAGACCACACCACGCAACGGACUCAAAAGAGAUUGAACAGGGCUGUGACCAUAACGAGUCUAUCGGAGCAGACUCCAGACAGUCAGAGUAACAGACAGAGAAUGAAGAGAGGAGAAAAGGUGGACAUCAGCGGUCCGUUCUGCCAUCAACAGACACAGCAAUCGCCAAACACCAAAACCAAAAGUCUGAACCGCAGUCACACUAUCAGCCAAGACCUGACACAACACUCUCUCCAGACCACACAACACAUCUUCUCUGAGCACGAGACACAGGAGGAGAUUAUCAAUGGACCUCACGACACCACAGACUCAUGUGACCAUUCUCCUGAAACCACACCUGACCCAAAGCAGUUCAACUGGGACUCAGCAGUGGGGAGAGACGACGAGGAGGAGGAGUGGGACGGCCAGUCCAGAGGGAGUGAUGUGAAUUCAGUCAUCACAGAGAUGGACAAUGUUGUGUUGUGAUGCUCCUCUGAUAGGUUCUGUUAAUCAUGCAGCCGGACUAAAUCUAAAUCGAUCAUUACUAAAUCGGUUCCACCAUUGCCUCCUGGUCUUAAUGGUGUUGUUGUGUUCAAACCUGAUGUAAACUUCAUUGACGUGAAUAUGCCAAACGCAUAAGUGGCAAUGUGUUAUCCAAUGUUAAAUCAUGUAUGUUCUCAUGCCUGUGGUUUAUGAGAGAUUUUUAGAGAACAUUCCUUUAAGGGUCAAUAUGUACAUUUUGAAAAUUGCUCCACAGCAAAAAGAGGAAGUGACAAACAUGACUGGAACUUUUGGAAAUGUAAUUAUUUGAUCUUUAAUAUUUUUGCAUGUGGCUACAGCGGUAAAAUGAUCUAAAACUAUAGCAAUGAUAAGUGGUCUCAUAAACGCAACAUAAUGAGCUCGGAGAACUAUAUUUGGGAUAUUUAUUGAAUUUAGAAACGUUCUGAAUGUAUAGCAUAUAAAGGGAGACAUCCGGAGGAAACUGGGCAGAAACCAUGUCAACUGUUUCUUAAAAAGAUAGUUCUCCCUAAAUUAACAAUUCUGGGAUCAUGAACAACAUGAUGGUUGGUAAAUUAUGACAGAAUUGUAAUUGUUGGGUGAACUAUUCCUUUUAGAAGCACAUAAACAAAUUCAUAACUAGCACUUUUAAUUUUCUAACAUUGUAAGAUAAUAUUUUUCCCUAAACUGUGAAACUUUUGUUUUCUCUCAUUUUCAUGAAUCAUUUUCACAUUUAUUUCACUCUUAAUGUCUCAUCGGCUAAAUGUAAGUUAUACAAGCAGUACAUGAUGUCAUAAAAUUGUGUUAUCACAAGUGGACUGUUACUCACACUGGAUAUUUUCUUUUUCACAUGUUUAGGAGAUAUUCUUUUUCUUCUUUAAAUAUUAACGUCUUUAUUUUUUUUCCAUCAUUGAAAUACAUCCUGUUUGGCUUUGUUUUAGUGUGGAUCUCAUCACUGAAUCUGUUAAUUAUCACUUUUAAUAAUUCGAGCAAUUGGGUUUCGAGAAUUUAUGUGUUAGGUGAUGUUUUUAAAGGUCGCCGAUGUCUUGGGACAGGGGAAAAAAACAUAUAAAGUACAUAAGGACAACAGUUUAUAUAUUGCUAAACAUUGCAUAACCAAAAAGAUGAUCUAUUUUGGGGUCAGCAUUGGGUAUUAUUAUGAACCACGGCUCUACUGAUGUCAUGCACUUUAUUCUUUCUUUAAGAGCUGAGCUCAUGAAACAUGAUUGAUUGCAGUUUGCAGGACAUUUUGCCACUAGUCUGGUAUAAUCUAGAGUUAGAGACUUUGCAUUUUGAGUGAUAAAUGGAAGUGGAUUUUCUUCAAGUGUGUCUGAGAGCAGGGCUUGAAUAAAUGCGGGACAGAAAUUAUCGUAAUGUCUUUACAAACUUAAAGUGUGAAGAAGGAAAAAAAAGUUUGUGUGUGAAAUGACAUGCAUUUUUGAAUGUAUAGAUUCACUGUGGCAAUCUGAAGAACUCAAGAGCAAUUAUUUUUGUAUUAUUCCACUUGAGUUUUAAUUUUAGCCCAAUAAACCCAUGAAA